AUGAUGGAGUGGACAUUAGAAGUGCAGCAGCAGCUGCUGAGUGACCACAACUGGGAGAAGCCAAUGCCACAGGGUCCCCCAGGUGGAGUUGUAGGGAUCCUUGGAGGUAUUGUUGCUAUUGGACUGAUCAUCGGAGUGGCUGCUACUGUUGUCAUGGUCCAUCGGCGGCAGCACAAGACCCGCACCGAGACAGAUAAUGACCUGACAGACCUCCCACCCGCCCACAAACCGGCUCCUCCUCCACCCAAAAAGAAGAACAGUGACAUGAAGGGACAACUGACGUCUGAUGACAUCCAGGUGGUUCAUCUGGACAAGGAUGAAGAAAUGCAGAAGCUUCCUCUUCAGCCUCCUUAUUACGACAUGGCACCAUCUGAGUCGACCCCCUUCACCGAUAAGUCGGACUGUGGGAGGCACCAAGAAGAGCUGUUGAACCCGGCUGAAUAUGUGAGCUACCAGCCCACCUGCAACAUGGAACACUGUCCCGAGUCUCACCCCGCCACGGUUCACCCGCCUGUUACCUUCCUGCCCCAGCACCCCUACGCCCAACAACCGUCCAACGAGCCGAUGUACUCCAACACCAGCUUCUCUAAUGCUGGCCCUCAGGCUCCGCUGAAGUUUCCUAAGGAGCAGUCUGUGUGA